AUGAGCAAAAAGGAAGCUUUAAAAGGUGAGAACUUAGGGAGAAGAGAAGGGGACAAAAGAUGGCAGAGUAUAUGGGACCUGAACAUUCAAGGAAAAGUCAAGUUAUUCAUGUGGAGAGCAGUGAAAGAUUUAUUAGCAACAAGGAGCAAUCUGGUCAUGCGAAGGAUAAUUGACAAUUCAAAGUGUCCCAUUUGCAAGGUAGAUGAGGAAACAAUAAGUCAUGCACUCUGGUCAUACCCAGCAGCAGCUGAUGUUUGGGCUGAGUCCUUAAAGGUGACACAGAAAUGGAAAUCUGAGGAAACUGACCUUUUAGUAUUUUGGGAGAAAAUGAUGGAAAAGACUAGCAGAGAAGAGUUAGAGGAGAUUGUAAUGGUGAUGAGGAGUAUAUGGGUGAGAAGGAAUAAUUUUAUUUUUGAAGGGAAAUUUGCAAGCCCAAGUCAAGUAAUAAAAGGAGCCAGAGAGGACCUAAGAUUUUUUCAACAGAUUAAGCUUAAAGUAAGGCAAGGUAAUGAUACUUGCUCAGAUAGGAGGGAUGUGAGGUGGAACAGACCAAAAGAGCUAUCUGUUAAGGCAAAUUGGGAUGCGGCAGUUGAUAAAAAAGAAAGAAAUGUGGGUAUUGGGGUGGUUAUUAGGGAUGAGGAAGGGGAGAUUUUGGUAGCAACUAGAGAACAUAUGAGUUAUGUGACAGAUGGUGCAAUUGCUGAGAGUUUUGCUUUAAGGAAGGCUAUGGAAGUGUGUCGUGAUCUUAAUUUCAACAAUAUAUUGUUCGAAGGUGAUGCACAAAACAUAGUGAAUGUUGUCAAUGUAGAGACAAAGGACAUGACUAGGUAUGGUAGUGUCAUUGAAGAUGUGAAUAGUCUGUUAAAGGGCAGAGAAAAGUGGAGUGUGAGUUUUGUGUUCAGAGAGGCAAAUGAGGCUGCACAUGUAUUAGCUAGAGAGGCAUUACUUUUUCAUUCCGAGAUUGUUUGGAUAGAGAAGGUUCCAGAUUGUAUAAGGAGUAUCAUAGUUAAAGAGAAGUCUUGUAGUGAGAAUAUAAUUCAAUGA